AUGUGUGCCGCUGUUGGGUCGCCCGGACAGGGGGCUGGACGUUGCAAUGGACGCACCGUUGGAUCCACAGCAAACAGCCAACGAUUUCACCUGGAGAGGGAAAAUAAGACUGGACAGCUGGGAGUGUUCACUUUCUUUGCUUUGGUCUUUGCUCUUGCCAAGGGACCACAGGAAGCAGCGAAUGGCAAUGCUUGCUCUAGCCCUGCCCUUCGCGUCGACAAGGCGGCUGAGAAGAAGGAGCAGGGGAGGAGGAGAGUUGAGAAGGAGCUGGAGCAAUCGGUUCGUCAGCGGUCUCGUCACCAGGUCUCGCCUCCACCCUUUUUCUCUCCACCAGAAUGCACCAGGAUUGUCGCAGAUGCACGUUGCCCGCAAGAGGAUCUUCUGCGACAGGCGAUCACUACUGUGAAAGGCCAGACCAGUGCUUCAUUUGCCGCCAAAAAUUACAAGUUACGCGAAACAAAACAAACAACUCGCGAUACUGAAACGUGA